CUUAUUUCUAUUACAUCAUAUCUUAUUCAUUAUUGAUACUUUUGUCAGUAUUGAUAAUUUUAUGUCAUUUUUAAUUCAUUGCAAUUCAUUAGGUAUAGGCGUUUUAUUCCCACCAUGUAUAAAGUGAGGAAGAAGGACAGUAAUACCCAUUCUCGUGUCGUCUUUGUCUAAACGGCAAUGGCGGCUUAGCGCUCAUUCCAGUUAGGUUAUAGUUCAAUGUGCACCUUAGUGUACAUUCUGCUUUUCUGCUUCUAUCUUUCCGCCAACUGUCGACUAUCCGCGAGAGUUCUGAUUGGCUUCUGUUUUUCUGCUUUCUGCUAUUCUGCCAAGGUGUGAAUCCGCCCUUAUAGUCAUCUCAAUUUGCAUUUUUCUAUUGGCAGAUGAGUGCGCUAGUAGUAUAGCAUACUCCACAUUUUUCCUCUCUCAAAUUUAUCUACUUCAUGUGGCAUUGAUUACUUUCUCUCCAGUCGUUUUUCCCUAGAAGUCCUAGGGUGACAAUGGACGAACACGGACGAAUGUAACGGAGCGUAAUGAAAGUGCAGACGAAAACACAACCGGCGAGUAGAAAAAGAAAUUAAUACAACUCGACAAGAACGUGAGCGUAACAAUGAUUAUUCGAAAAAGGAUAUGGCCACGAACUAUCGGCGACUGGCUGUCGAUGAUCUUCGUGCUGACGAUAGUGCCGCUGAUAUACUGGUUCGGCUUGUGGAUAGUGCUACCGGAAUUGUACCAGGAUCAGACUCUGCCGUACGCAGUGCACUUUGUCCUCGGCAACUUCAUCAUGUUAAACAUCGUCGGCAAUUUCACUUACACGGUGCUGUGCGACACCAGCAUCGGCAGGAGUGUAGUACCGGUGAGCACGGCGAAAGUUACGGACGGAUGGCGGCUGUGCGCGAUCUGCGAGUGCCUGUCGCCACCGCGAUCGUGGCACUGCAACACCUGCGGCGUCUGCAUCCUGAAGCGAGAUCACCACUGCGUGUUCACCGGCUGCUGCAUUGGCUACCACAAUCAUCGCUACUUCAUCAUGUUCCUGUGGUACUUGUUCGUUGGCGCGGCCUACGCGUUCUGCUACAGCAACUUCUUCAUCUGGAGCAGGAUACCUUUCGAGUUCCCGAUGUCCAUUGUUAAAAUGGUCUUUCCCGUGGCAAUCUUCUUCCUUGGCUUCGACAACUCCACCGAUCAGUUCUACCUACUGCUGUACGUCGUAUCGGUAGUGGGUACUUUGUACACGGGAGUACUGUGUUUUUAUCACUUCAAUCUGGUGUUCAAGGGCGUCGUGGCUAAUGAGAGUAACAAGAAGGAUUUUACCUACGCUGUAGGGUGGAAGAACAAUAUUAGGGAGGUGCUUGGAGAACGCUGGUAUCUGACAUGGCUGGUUCCCUAUAUAAAAUCGCAAUUGCCACAUGACGGUGUCUCGUGGCGUAACUUGUGUUCGAAAAAGGAGUAAUGAAUUGAUUGUCAUGUGACUUUUUAUAAAACAGCGUUUGAACAAAGUAUUAUGAUUAUAUAAGCAUCUGUUAUCUACUUUUGCUGUAUUUUAUUAUUUCAUUUAAGUGUUGAAGUUAUGCAAAGCGACUCAAAUAAUGAAGACUAAUUUAACAGCUGAAAGAAGCAUAGCUUGAAGUAUAAGAAAUUAACUCCUCAGCUGUGAUAUGUUUUAAGAGAAACUCUUCGAUAUGUACAGUGUGAUGUUCACGAGCAAAUAAUGCUGUGGAAUAUAAAAGUAUUAUUUGUAAUUAUUGUAAAUAUCCAUAUGCAUAACUAAUAAACGACAUUGUAUAUUCUGUUUGAUUACAUACAUAGAUCAUUGUGCAAUUCUUUGACAUUACAUUAUGAAAAUUAUGUGUACAGUAAUUAAUGAUACCCUUUACACAAACAAAAAUAAAAUUUUUUAAAAAG